CUUCUUCCUUAAUGGCUAAUAACGACAAUAACAAGAUCAACACUGCUAACCAGGAACCUAUUGGUGCUCAAGCUGCUGUGUUUGUGGAAUCAGUUGAAAUGCCAAAGGAUUCAGUUUUGAUCAAAGGUCCUGACUUCAACCAACCCAUGUCUUUGACUGAUCUCUUGUCGUCUUAUAAAGCUAUGGGAUUUCAAGCAAGUAGUUUAGGUGAAGCUAUUGAAAUUGUUGAAAAAAUGAUUCAAUGGCGGUUAUCCGAUGAACCUGUAGCUGACGAUGAACCUGAAGAAUAUCGUGAUCAGAAAGUACGUCAACAAACUAAGUGCAAGAUCUUUUUAGGGUAUACUUCGAAUUUAGUAUCAUCUGGAGUACGUGAAAUUAUCAAAUUUUUAGUUCAACACAAAAUGGUGGACGUCAUUGUUGCUACUGCUGGUGGUGUGGAAGAAGAUUUUAUCAAGUGCCUUGCUCCUACUUAUCUUGGAGACUUUGCUCUCAAAGGAAGUGAUCUUCGUAAACAAGGUUUAAAUCGUAUUGGUAACUUGCUUGUACCAAAUAAUAAUUAUUGUCAAUUUGAAGAUUGGGUGAUUCCUAUUUUGGACAAGAUGUUGGAAGAACAGAAAUCAAAGGGAACUAUCUGGACUCCUUCAAGUAUGAUCAAACGACUUGGUGAAGAAAUCAAUGAUGAAUCCAGUAUCUACUAUUGGUGUGCUAAAAAUGAUAUUCCAGUAUAUUGUCCUGCUAUUACGGAUGGUUCCCUUGGCGACAUGAUCUAUUUCCAUUCAUACAAGAAUCCUGGCUUGAUUGUAGAUAUUGCAGGUGAUAUCCGAAAUAUGAACAACGAAGCAGUCUUCGCUAAGAAAACGGGUAUGAUCAUCCUAGGUGGUGGGGUUAUCAAACAUCAUAUCUGUAAUGCCAAUUUGAUGCGAAACGGUGCUGAUUUCUCGGUAUAUAUCAAUACGGCUCAGGAAUAUGAUGGUAGUGAUGCAGGUGCUCGUCCAGAUGAAGCCGUCUCUUGGGGUAAGAUUAGGGCAAACAGUCAAAUGGUCAAGGUCUAUGCUGAAGCUUCCUUAGUAUUCCCUCUUAUUGUCGCUGCUACUUUUGCAAAGACCCAUCAAGAAGAAUCUGCAUCAUAGUUAUUUUUUUUAUUUAUGUAUUCUAGUUAAUAUUAUGUUUCUAUUGUUAUUAUUAUUUAUCCUGUAUUUAGACUUUUUUUGUUUUUUAAAAAAAAUUGAAUAAAAAGUAUAUCC